CAUGCUAACAUUAACAAAGCUAACUUGUCUUUCAUCAUCACCCAAACAUUAGCUUGUUGGGAGACCUUUCUUAGCUAAAGUCUCCACAAAUUAGCCGAAGCGAAUCUAUGAGUCGCAAAAGACAUCAUAGUUUCACAGAAACGAACUCGUCUCCUCAACUACACGGUGCCUUCAUGGAGCCUUCCGGGCCAGCUAACCGAGACGACGGCGAUUUCUUGGACCUGGACCACGACGAGGAGCUGCUGUGUUCGGUCAGCGACAUCACGGAGCACCUCGGCAGAAACAUCACCCUUGUGCUGGAAACAGCGCUGUCCGAGAUCCGCAAGAUGGUCAGUAUCAGGAUACGAGUCCUAAAAAUGGAGCUCCGAGAGAAAACUGAGGAGAUCGAGGUGCUGAAGGAGAGACUGGACACGGUGCAUCGGGAUGGCAGGGAGAAUUUUCCCGGCGUCGCAACUACAGAGGCGGCUACAGAGGUGGGCUACAAGAGAGCAGACUGCACCUCCGGAACCAAGCAGAUGAACACCGAUCCCAGGAAAGCCAAGGGUGUCAUGUCCGGCGUGAAGAAAGAGAAUAUCGACGCUAUAUGUGACUAUCUGAUGAAAGAUAAGAACUCGAGAGGUGACAUAGAUGGAGACCAGAGUGGUCAGAGCAGCGGAGAGAGGGAAGCUCGUCAUGAGCAUGAGCCUCACUCCCUGCACCUGUGGCCUGACAGCGGAAUGACUGGCCCCGGGUCUGGACAUGGAGACUCCGAGUCCACCACAGAUGACCUCUUCAGUAUGCUUCCCUCUGGCAGCAAACGCGUGUAUGACUACGAGUGGAUUACACCUAUGGAAUAUUCGUCGGAGGUUAAAGUGAUGAAGGAGUCUGAAUGUGAGAACACUUUGACUGGUGACACAGAUAAUGAUGAUGAUGAAGAUGAGUCGUUGAGGAGGGAGGGUGAUGGACUAGACCAGGCCCAGGUUUCACUCUCACUUGUCCAGCCCCCUGAGUUCUCCAUGGAUCCACAGAGCUCUUCAGGGGAGGAAGGCAGUUCCCUGGAGGGACACACAGACAGGCCUGAAACAGGUCAGCAGUUCUCAAGUCACCCCUACAUCUGCUCUCUGUGUGGGACCUUCUGCCCUGACUCUCUGUUCCUGGAAGAACAUAUUAAACUGAUCCACUCAGACUCUGCUGGUGCUCAGGCUCUACAGGCCCUGCAGUCAACCUCCUCCUCCUCCUCUGCAGCAGCAGCAGCACCAACACCCUCCAUGGGGAACAGCAGCAGUGACUGCAGGAGAGGAGAACGAGUGGAGAACGAGGAUGGGUGUAGUUUUAGCAUCAGUCGGGGAGGAGGGCUUGUGAAGAAGGAGAUCAAAAUGGAAGGGGGAUAUGAGUGUGGGGACUGCGGCCGCCAUUUUAACUACCUUGGUAACCUGCGACAACACCAGCGCAUCCAUACCGGGGAGAAGCCCUUUAUAUGUCCAGAUUGUGGAGAGAGAUUCCGCCAUGCAGCGCGGUUAAAGAGCCACAGGCUGAUCCACAGCGGAGCCCAGAGCCCAUUCCCCUGCCCCCAGUGUGGCAAAGGUUUCUCAGUACUGUCUGGACUCAAGAGACACCAAAGAGUUCACACUGGUGAGAGCCCAUAUGCAUGUCCUCAGUGUGGCAGGCGCUUUAAGGAGCUUGGUAACCUUUACACCCACCAGAGGAUCCACAGUGGGGCCACACCUUACUGCUGCCAGCAGUGUGGACGUAGCUUUCGCCACCUGGGAACCUUCAAAAGCCACCGCUGCACCGCAGCACAGUAACCAGCUCAGCUACUCCGCCCUCCAGAGCUCAUGCCAUGACAUUUAAAAGACACAGUGGUGGCUCUCAGGAAGUGCUGGUCAGUUUUAGUCUCAAGUCACUCUUGUUGCAAAGUUUGUAGAGUUUGCUUGGUUUGAUCAUCUCCAGCUCUGUGGUUUGCAUGUUUCAGCCAACUUUCAGUCAUUUGAAUAAAGCUCCACACUUAAUACAAUUUAGAUUUAGUUUGUGUAUAAUUUCUGUUUGUUAUGAUAACUUCCACACCAAGGUAAUAGCUGUGACCUGCUGCUUCAUUACAGUGAAGUUAAACGUGAUCAUUUGCCAGCAUGUCGGACCAAAACAAACAAACGUUGUUGCUCAUCCCUGCAGCCAGAAAGUGAGUGACUGCCAGGUGCUCGGCUUCACUCACUGGUGCGCUGUGGGAUGAGGCAGUUUUAUCUGGCAAAGCAAGUGGUCGAAUGUUGUGGCAGACAUAUGGAGAUAUUGAAAUUUCCCUCUUUGGUAACACCAAGUAUUAUUCCCCCAUUAUUAGAAAGACUUACUUUUUAUUUGUUCACAUUCCACCACUGCGAAAUACUUGCAUUUCUGUGUAUUUCGAAUCAAACACACAAAAAAAUAACCCCCAUGUCUGUUGAUGCCUGCAACUUGACAGUCGGCACUGCCCACAUUUCCUAAUGUUCAUGCCAAUGCAGAAGACGCACAGAGGCAUGUAGGGUAGUGACUGAGAUGAGGUUUGGGAUGGACGGACGUAUAAAUCGACCAACCCCCUCACAAAAAAGCUACACUCAAAGCAGCAUGGGUUGUGGACCACCAGUGCAAUUGCCCAACAAACCCUGCAUACAUGACACAUUUUAUUGUAUUUAUCUACUUUUGUCAUGAAAAUGACCAAUGUUUCCACCUGUUAUUUGCUAAAUGAAAUUGCUUGAGUGCAACUUAUGUCAUUGCAAGUUUUGCUCAAAAACAAAUAAUCAGGCUUGAAAUUAAAGAAGUGUUACUAAGUGAA